CGCAUCAUGACACUGGCAGCUAGCCUAGCCGGCUAACUUGGCUAAUCUGAUUUAUCGUCUCAGUUAAGCGCACAUAACGGCAGCCAGGAUUACCAAAAUUAGUUUUCAGUAUCCUUCUUUUAGCGCAACAUCUCCCUGACUCCAAACAUCCUCUCAUUUCAAUAAUGGCAUCGCUUGGGGAGCCCGUGCGACUUGAAAGAGAUAUCAACCGUGCUAUUGAACUGCUCGAUAAGCUCCAGAGGACAGGGGAAGUGCCUCCUCAAAAGCUGCAAGCCCUUCAGAGGGUCCUACAGAGUGAAUUCUGUAAUGCAGUAAGAGAAGUCUAUGAGCAUGUGUAUGAAACAGUGGACAUCAACAGCAGCCCCGAAGUCAGGGCCAAUGCCACAGCUAAGGCUACAGUGGCAGCUUUUGCAGCAAGUGAGGGACACUCACAUCCACGUGUUGUGGAACUGCCCAAGACAGAAGAAGGGUUGGGUUUCAAUAUAAUGGGUGGAAAGGAGCAAAACUCACCAAUUUACAUCUCUCGGAUCAUCCCGGGAGGCAUCGCUGACCGACAUGGGGGCCUGAAAAGAGGGGACCAGCUUCUCUCAGUGAAUGGGGUGAGUGUGGAAGGAGAGCACCAUGAGAAAGCAGUGGAACUCCUCAAAGCAGCUCAGGGCACAGUGAAGCUGGUAGUAAGGUACACCCCCAAAGUCCUAGAGGAAAUGGAGUCACGAUUUGAGAAAAUGAGGUCGGCGAAGCGCCGGCAACAGAACAACUAUCCCAAGUAGGAUUUUCCCAUGUUGAUGCCCAGUUCCUAUGUCUGUCCUCCUUUAGCCAUCCUGCCAUCUGUUCUGGUCUCUCACCCCCCCCCCCCCCCUCCAAAAAAAAAAGAACAUUAAAAAAAAAACACAUGCUCAUAUUAAGUUUUAGGUCCUUCUCACACAUACUGUAUAUUCUGCGUAUGCCCUUUUCUUUAGCGUUUUGAUAUUCAUCGUGUAUUGUCCUAGACACUACAACUCUAGACUAACACUAGGAAGAUCAUGAUUGUCAGUGUGUGUCACACCGUGUGCAUUACUUUUGAAUUGACAAUUUGAAUGCAACUUUUGAGACAAACUAUACAACUCCUUUGACUGGAAAGGUAGUGUUUUUUAGUGAUUUAUCAGAGCCACUACCAAGUGCCUCAGGGCAAACACAUUUAUCUUAUGUACUGUUCUUUCUUUUCUUUAACAGUUUAAAGUUCUGAAAUUAAACUCUUGUGGCAGGAAUUAAUUCAUGCUUUUCAUCUGUUUUCUCAGAGAUCAUUUGAUAUCUUAUAAAUACAUAGCAAUUAUAUGUAAAAUGCAAUGAAAUUUUACUUUUAUGGCAACUUCAAAAGCAUGUCCACAAUAGGGUAACUUUAGAGGAGUUGACAACAGUCUAAAUUAGUUAUAAAAUGAUAAGAUAUUUGAUUGUUAUUAAGUAUAUCCUCUAAAAGGUAACAAAAGUGCUGGAUUAUCUUUGAGCUCUCUCUCUAGGCUUGCCCUCUAAGAUUUCUAUCAUGCCAUGCUAUAAAAAGCUCCAGUAAGUGAUGUAAUGGGGUCUCAGUGACUCGUGAACUAAAUAGCUGACACCACAAAGACUCGCACAUUUAUCAAAAUAAUAAACCCUCAGAACUCUGCAGUCAGCAUGACAUGAGAUGAAACCUGUUCAGCAUUCAGUUAAUUUGUGUUGACAUAAAUGAGGAAUGUACUGUGUCAAAUUUUUACUCUGCCAGUUAAAGUACUUGAUGAGAAGUCAGUUAUCCAGUGACUGUCUGUUUGCAUCAUCAAGUGAUCAUUAAAAUAAGAGGAAACUAGGCAUUCGUAAAAUCCAGCUACUCAGAUAAUGCCAAACAAUCUAGAGACCGGUCGUUGACCCCCUGGCAACAUUUUGGGGAAAAAUGUCUAUUAUUUGACAGUUUGGCGAGUGGUUGCUGCCAGUCACUAUGUGGAUUUGGUUGAAACAAGGUAUAUGGUGCUGCAUAGAAAACCUUGUGAUAGCAUUGGUUGUAAGCAGACUGCUGUGGUCACUCGUAGUUUGCUUUUAAGAUGUUGACUUACCUGCAAGCACUCACCGACUGCUCACCGAGCGAUAGUAAAACUGAAACAUACGUUGCAAACCAGAAACUGAGACUAUUCGCCUUCAAAGUAGAAGUUGCACCUUUUAAAAUGUGUAAACGUGCAGUAAGGUACAACUUUUACUUUGAAGGCAAGUGUUUCUGGUUUGUUCAAGUUUUGCUGCUGCUUGGUGAGUCAUUGGUGAGUGUUUGCAGGUAAGUUGGUGUCUUCCAUGCAAACUGUGGGCAACCACAGUAGUAGGGUACCAACCAAAGCAAUCACAAGGUUUGUGGUGCAGCACCCACUUUGCGACUGCCUCCAAACCACUUGCCAACCGGUUGGGGAAUAUGCAUUUUUUCCUAGUGACCAGAGGUUGCCAGAGGAGGUCACCAAGUGGUUUGCAACAAUGUGUGCCCGAGGCCUCAGUCUCAAAAGUGCAUCGUGAGUUUUGAUCACUCGUUUAUUGAACAAAAUGUUAGUACAUAUUCUGGAUUUAACCUCUACACAUUCAUCAAGGCUCUAAAGUGUUUGGUGUAUUAUGCUGUAAAUCUGCUGCAGUGACAUAUAUUAAUUUGUAUUUUUCCAUCUUUAAUUUUUUUUAAAUUUUGUAACUUAAUGUCUAGCAAGGGGGUCAUAAAUCAAAUAUUCUCAUAUCCUGACUUUUUAAAAAAUUCUGAUAUCACGUAUGCAUUAAAGGACAAAAGACCACCCAGAUGCUUGGAUAAGUUUGAUGAAAACUUUAAAAAAAAAAAAAAAAAAAGAAUUUUCUGUUCUGAUGCUUGUAAAACAUUAAACACAAGUAAACCCCAUAUUUCAAUAACUUACAGCAAUAAUUUCAACCUUUGUGAUGCCUGUGUUUCACUACUGAUUUAUUUUUGCUACCUUGGCAUUUUUCUUUCAUCUUCUUUUUUGGGGGGGGCUCAGAUGUACUCAUAUAUAGUGUACAACAUGCAUAUCAUAUUAAAAUGAGAAUGAUAAACACUUUGUUACCAAAUACUGCCAAACAAUUUUUUUCUGACAUGGAUUGUUAAGCAAGCAAAUCACAAAACGGUUUUAAUAGUCUUCUGUAUACCUUGUAAGCAGGCUGACAUAUUUACACGUACAACACUUACUCAUCUUCCAUAUUUUAUAGUCAUAAAGCAGCUGCAUGUUUAGCUACCAUAUCAAUAUUCAUCAUAGGGAAAUCUUUAUUCAAAUAUAAAAUAAAAAAACAAAUCCUGAUUGAGAAAUUCUGUCCGUAGGUCUACAUCUCAAACAAGUCCAAGAGUCGUAAUUUUCUUUAAAAACAAAAUUAUUGUGUAAUAAAAAAAAAAUUGUUACUAGAUGUCCAAUCAUCCACCUUCUCUGCGAAGUAUCUACAGGGCAGAUUUAACUUCAAAGAUUUAUUCCUAAAGGUUUUAUUGUUUGCAGGGUAAAUGUAAUAAUGUCUGUAUAGCAUUAUGGAAACCAGGCUUUUGCUGAACAAGCCAUACUAUUGUCCAGUCUCAGGAUCAACACCUGGCAUUAUUGAGACAGGAAGGUAGUAGUGAUGAAGGUGAUUUUGAAUAGUCUAACUGAUGUAGAAAUUAGAUGGUGGAUAAAGUUCAGAAAUGCUUUGCCUUCAGUGUAGAAUAAUCCUUGUGUCGUACCUGUCCUUGAAUGCUCAUCUUUUGAUGCCGAACUGCUCCUUAGAAGUGAGGACCUAGAGGUAGUUGUAAGCUUUAUCAUAAGUGCAUAGCCAGUUGAGUGUGCCGCCUAUUUGGCGUAUGCUGCCACAAUAGAUGCUGUGUGGUUCUCGUGACCGUGUCAUCUGAAAUAAGGUGACAGAGUUUCUGUUUGCCUGGUUAGCGGCUCCACAGCUGUUUCUUUUUCCGUAUUUUAAUUUCCGUUUUUUUUUUUUGUUGUUGUUGCUGUUAUUUUAUCCGCCGUCUCCUACCGUACUCUGAUGUUCCUCAAGUUACUAACAAAUUGUAAAUGGGUUGUUAGAAGUCCAUCAGUGCAGUUUGGGAUAAUAAAAAUAAAAAAUCUGGCUUGUGAGCUUUCAGUAAUUGAUCCUUUAAGUGGAAAAUGUUUUAAAAGAUUAUUGUAACGUAAACCCACUGAAAUGAAGCAGUAAGUUUUGUUUUGUUUUUUUUAAAGCACCUUUAUCAGUUGAAAAUCGUGUUAGUGUUAGUAAGUUCAACUUCUCUGCAUGUUUCCAUCACAAGUCUACAUGUUGACUCAGCCAGCUGUUCCUUUGAAUGUCAGGGGGGUCCAUGCAAGGGGGUAGGUAACUUACUGAUUGUCCAGAACUUAAAUAAUGCUUUAAAUAUCACAAGAAAUGAUGGCACAUGAUGAGUACAGGUAUAUUUGGUGGGUGAGUCCACUGUAAUACAUUUCUCCUUAUGAAGACAGCUGAAUUGAAGGACAAAGUCUUAAAUAAAACACACGCUGCAAAUGCGGAAUGCAAAUCAAUUAUCUAUGCAAGGUCUUUGGAAAUAACCUUUAUCGGUGCAAAAUAGUUGUCAUUUUUCUCCAGAAUGUUAAUAAAAUUUACUAUGUUCAGGCUGUGUAGACGAAUGUCUCAUGAAAUAUGACAUUCAGCAGCUUUUUGAUAAGAGCUGCAUGUAGUUGGAUGAUCCUAUGAGAUGUUUACAGUUUUGUUUUGUUUUUUUGCUGUAAGAUUCUCAUAUUGAUCACCAUGAAGGAGUUCAAGUUGUGAUAUUACUUUGCUAUCAAGUUAAAGAAGCCAAGUGGCAACACUUUGUAAUAUGACUCUCUAUUCAGCAUUCACAGGCAGUACGUAACAAGCUAUAAUGCAGUUGUAAACAAAUCUCAACAAUGUGAUGUGUUCUCAAAUAAUGAACAGCAAUAUUAUAAAAUUAAAAAAUGAAAAAUGUUCUCUCAUGUCCUUACAACUACAAUAUAGUGUGUUUUUGUCACAUAUUUAUAUACUGCUAUACACUAUACCCACUAAAAUGCUAAAUAGUGGGAUUUAAAGUUAAGUGUUUCUGAAUAGUCUCAUGUGAAAGUGUGUUUAGAAUGCAUUGACUAUACUUUUGUUUGGAGUCAGAGAAUUUAGCUGGGCAGUCGGGGUGUAUAUAAAAGACUUAAUAUAAUCUAUAGUUUGUCCCUUAAUUGUGUUUUAUCUAACAUUAACUGGCUAGAUCCACUUGUCACGCACAUAGAAACAUGUAUAGUAAAUCAGGAAAAAAAUGUAAUGAGACUUGGUAUUGAUAUUGCACACUCUCCACUGAAUGUCACUAACUGUAGUCUAAUUUAGUUACCUUCAACUUUCUACCUGUUUUCAUUGUGUAUUGGUCAAUAGAGUAUUUUUUUAUGAUGGUUUUCUUUUUUUGAUAUUUUUCUCAAUUUUUAUAAGUAAUUUUCCUAAAAAAAAAAUACACAAAUACCAGGAAUGAUUGGUACUUCCAUUUUGACUGUGUACCAGGGCCAUAUCAGCACAGUGUCUCUGAAAAGCAGCACUGAUGUAGGAUAGAUUAACUGUCACAGAUCAGCGCCCGUUUUCCGAGGUCUGAACUGAUUUCUUCUUUCUUUCUGGGACCAAGACCAAACUUAAAAUGUUGAUACUGUUUUAGUCAGUGUUUAUUUAAGAUGAUUGCCUGUAGAUAGUGUUGUGUUAUUUUAUGUUCUCUAGUCUGUUUAUCUAAUUUACUGUGUUACAUUGAUGUGGAAUGUAAAAUGUUGUGAUGUAGAACAUAAUAGUUGGACAGAAAGCUCAAUAAACCGUGCUAACAUUGAUCACUUU